GGACCACUAGAAAAAGCCCAAAGAAAAACAAAUUUGAUUAUUAAAGUCAAGUCAACUCAAAAGCACAAUCGUAUAGUUCAGGAUUAUGAAAGAGAAUAUAAUCAUAUGAAUGAUGGUGAAUUGGUGUCCAACGACUUUAAUAAUAACCUUAAUAACGAUCAAGAUGAUAGUCAUAAUAGUAAGAAUAAGGAUAAUGUUAGCACCUCUAGCGAGCGUAGCAGUGGAAGUGAAAUGUGGCUUUACUUUGACAAAAGGCAAUGGCACAACCAAACUAUUAUGGCGGCACUUAGAGA